AUGAAGGCACAAGAUGAUGAAAUAAUGAAUGAAUAUUCAAUAGAUGAUUAUGAUGCAAAUGAAAGUUCAGAUACUGAUGAAUACAUAUAUGAUGGUUUAGAACUUGAAGAUAAAAUUAGAACAUACAACAUACAAGUAAUAAUUUUAUUUAAAAGAAAUCAAAUAUUUCAACAAGAUAUAAAGAUAAUUCAUAUACCAUCUUGGUUUAAUAAAUCAAUUAAAGAAAUUGCACCAAAUCAAGUUAAAUAUAUCAAAAAGGAAAGAUUACAACAUUUUAAAUUAUAUCCAUUAGAAUUUAUUAAAAAUUUAAAAAGUGGUUCAGAAUUUUUAAAUCAUUUUACAGAACAAGAUAUUAUAGAAUCAAUUAAUAAUUUAAAAGAAGAAGAACAAGAAUCAAUUGAUAGUAGUGAUAAAGUUGAUACACACAAGUUAAAUCCAGAUAAAUGGGAAGAUUUUGGAGUUGUAGCAAAGUUAUUGGAUAUUCAAACUCUUGAUAUUCAAGUAAACGUUGCUAGUAGUUUAAAUCCACUCUCAAGUAAUCAUUCAAAUUAUCACCACCAGCACCAAAUUCAACAUCAAUUACAACAUCAAAUAACCAGUAUCACAAUCGAAACAAUUGCAGCUCAUGAAUCAAUUCUUGAUACUCUUCAAAUCCAGUCAGUAAAUGGUAUCUCUGAAAAAGAAAAUGAGACAAAAUCUCAACAAGCCACCCUAGAGAAUGAAAUUACGCUCUAA